CCGUCGCGGUGGGCGUUUCCGCAUUCCGGAAAGAGCUGUCAGCAGAAGCGGGAGUUGGAGAAGGGACUGUCGCGUCUGUGAAGAAACCUCCUCAGUCAUUCCCAGAGGAAAAGCGGUCCAUCGCAAGGGAGCAGGGAUGCCUUACAUGUUCAUCAGUACGCAGAUCCGACUGGAGAAUGGUCCAACAAAUGUGGGAGAUGAAUAUUCUGAUCCAGCUGUCAUGAAUUACCUGGGAGCAAGGAAAACAACCAUGCUGGGAAACAAUUUUUCCGAGUACCAUGUGGACGACCCACCUCGCCUAGUGUUGGACAAGCUGGAGAAGAUCGGCUUCCGUGUAUUGACGAUGACGGGGGUGGGACAGACGCUGGUGUGGUGCCUCCACAAGGAGACGGAGUGAUCGGUCAUGGAGUGUUGACUGUUAUCAGAAAGCCUCUAUAAGCCUUUAAGAGGAUGAAUGAAUUGUGAUAAGAACUCUGUCAACUUACUUUUAAACUUUGGUUGGUUAAACUUAAAUUGAGAUGAUCCCAGUUGUAAAGUUUCAAAUUACCUUCAAUAGGUGACAGGUCACUACUUUCAGGGGAAUACUGACCUACAUUCCGGAGAUUUUAUAAGACUCUUACCCAUAUUGUUUGCUAUUCACUACUGCGGACCAAGUGUAGGGAGUGAGGGCCAGUUUUACUGUUAAUAAGUCAUUUGGCUGUAGAACUUAAUUAAAGUCAUGUCUGUAAAUUCGGCCUGUGCAAAAAGCCUCACCCACUUCUCGCUCUCUUCUGUCCAAGUAAAUAAAACAUGUUAGAUAGGUUUGUGUUUACAGCACUGUGUAAGGAUGUUUUUGUAAGUAUAUCAUAUGCUUAUGAUUAAAUGAUGUAAUGAUGUGGAUUGCUUGUGUACGUAUUAAUAAAAGAAAACAAUUCUUAUGAGA